GCUGAAACCAGUAGAAAUGUAGAGAUGUUGUGCUGGAGGUUCCUGCGAAGGCAACAAGAGUAGGCACAAGCGGAAGUUGAUAGAAGUUGCAGACCUCCAGGGUCAUCUCAUAAACUGUCCUAGCUACAGGGUCAACUUCAAAUGAAUUCCUCGAAGUACUAGUAGCUACGCAAAGAGAAGCUUUUGCGCCCGAUAAAGCGAAUCUAAGUGGUAACAACAUACGUCGUAAUCGUUCGUUCUCACUUGCUUUUUCAAGCGCCAACCCGCCGCGCCCGCGCUCGUCCAUCCGGCAUACAGCGUUCAUCCAUCAAGAGGCCUGAAUAUUGAUUCUUCGUUCAUCGGGCUGCACCGCACGACACACGAUGGGAAAGUCCAAGAAGAAAAACAGUGUGAACCACAAGGCAGGAAACCCGUCGAACGGAGGUGGCGCAGCCAACACGACAUCGCCAGUGGUCGAGCCUGAUGUGGCGGUUAUCACACAAUAGAAAAGGUGCAGAUAGUACAGCGCAUCUGGCCUGCUUCUCACCAUGGCGUGAUAGGAAGAACUAGAAGAUAGAAGUUUUGUCUGGGAAUCAGUAAAUAUCAUCUUCAGAUCUCCUGUGUAGGAAGCUAGGUAGAUAUUACCGGAUCGCAAGUAACGAGCGGAUUCCACUGAUAGAAGCCGCCGGGGUUUGGCUAGUAAAUAUGUAUGCGAAAGAACAGCGCUCUUCGUCGCAAACGCCUCGGCAGGAUCCCCUUUCCCCGCUGGUGCAGAAUAAAUGAUGAUGAUGCAUGAACGCAAGGUGACAGCACUAGACUAGAUCAUACCGAGCAGAUCAUUUUGAUGUGUAUGACGCACUUGUUAUUUUCUGUUUCAUCGGCUAGCAAGCUGGUACUAGUACAGCCGAGGAGGAGGAGACAACCGUGGAGUUCGAGAACGCUGGCCAAAAAACCGGAAUCGAGGUAUGGCGCAUCGAGCAAAUGAAAGCAGUAUGGAAAAGAGAAAAUUUCGUUCAGCAAAGCGUUGUCUUGAGCUCCGCAUUGAUCAUUACUAAGUAUGACUACACCAACAUCCAGUCUGGCGGUUUGGUUUUCACGGAUGAAGUGAUGCUGAAACAAAAACGAAGUUGUAGUGAUGCGAUCUUCAGGAGAGAGCCAGAAAAAGAACGCUUUGAACAUGAACAUUUCUCUUUCACAUCCCGUCCCGUGGACCGACUUUGGGCAGUUUUAUUCUGGCGACAGCUACCUCGUUUUGCACACGAUCGCGGUGAAGAAAAAGUACGCUCACAUCUUGCAACCAAAAUCAUUCAUCGAAUCUGUGACGAUUCUGGACGCAUAAUGACAAAAAGGCAGGAGAAAAGUUUGAUUAUUUUUCCCCCGACAGAGCAAUACUGCGCGAAAACUUAAACUUCCAGGUAUGAUCUCUACUACUGGCUCGGGAAGGACUCUUCGGUCGACGAGAAAGGCGCAGCGGCCCUGAAAACGGUAUAUGAACUGCAAAAGUAUCGUACUCGUAUAAUUACAAAUUUCCUCAGCAUGAGACAUAAAAUUUGUCUUGCGGAUAUGCCUUAAGAUAAAAAUUUGUAAUGCAUGAUUCCAAUACGAGUAGGAUACUUUUGCACAGGAUACGGUAGAGCUCGACACCAAACUGGGAGACUUACCCGUGCUAUCAAAUGUAAAAAUGUCUGCGUCUGGAAGAGUCAUGCUGUUUUUGCAUGACACAGAAGGGCCGGCAUGGAAGCUCUAGCAUCACAGGUUUCGAGAAGCUUCCGCAAUGCCGAAUCCGCAUGACAAGUCCCCCACUUUGGUGACAGAAAGUGGGCAGCUUUUGCUACCUAUGCUUGAGAGAUUUUUCUGUGUUCGGAAAUACGCAUCACAAGUUUGGAUGUUCCAGACCCAGACAUUUUUACAUUUGAUACGUGCAGUACCGAGAAUGCGAAAACUACGAGUCGGGGCCGUUUUUGGCGCUGUGGAAAGCCUACGGCGGCAUUCGCUAUCUGCAGGGUGGAGCGGACUCCGCGUUUCGACACGUAGAGGCAACUAUGCACUUGAACACUUCUAGUGGGUUCUUUGGUGUGUCUCCACGACAAUCAGGCACUGGUUCCUUAAUAGCACAGGCGAAAUUGAAAGUGAGGUGUUUUGUCCUGGUGCGAUAGACAGGAACGACAUGAUGAGACUGCAUGUCUGUGGUGACCGAAAGACGGACACGCGAUUAUGAGCGAGUCAAUUGUUCCGUAUUCUCGUUAUAACCUGCUUACGCAUUUGCUUGCCAUGAAAACAUGCAGGACUACUAGAAAUAAGUACCACCAGAGCCAGAGGACACAUCAAAGAAGCGCUGUUUUCCCGCGAUAGUGACCGUUUACGAGAGCCGGUUGCUGCACGUACUGAAGUGCUUUUUUGUUUUCUGUGCAUCUUCGGGUGAACUUGGUUCCUCGAGUGCUUGGGUAGCAUGAAUAAUUCCUCUAUCAUUUUGCCAUCCGCGAUAACUGUGUACAGAAUACAGAACCACAGGUGAAAGGCAAGCGGCUUUGCCGAGUGACGCAGGUGGACAAAUCGAUAAAGUCGAUGAACCAGGGUGACGCUAUAAGAAAAGUGACCACGACGACACUAUUCGUGCUGGCCUCCAGGGGAAGAUGUGAAUUUGUUGCAGUUUCUGCAUGAGAUGAAAUGAACGUCCGGUCAUGAAGAUGUGGCGCUCAGGACUUCAGAAAAUAACAAACGAAAGACCACGACCCGUUAAGUACGCUUACGCCGUAUUACUGCAAGGCAAAUUUUUAUCCACGCCAAUGCAUGCCGGCACGUGAGGUGAUCACUUUUCCUAUCCACGCCUCUUCGUUUUGGACGCCGGAUUGAAGAUUUUUGUAUACUGUAUACACGGAAAGACGUUUUGGGUGACGGAAGUAGUGCGGUGCGGUUUAUCGAUGUCAUCGUGUUUGCAAUAAUGCCUCCUUCUCCACCUGCUCCAGCUGAUGUCAUCCCAUCGAGAAAGGUUUGAAAUGCUGUCCAUCCGAGAUAUCAUGUUUGAUUUCUGCAUGACAACCGACGAGAAGAAAAGAAUCUGGCGAAAUUAUCUCUCUUGACCCACAACUUUCCCUCCAUAAGCCGCGGCAAGGAGUGCAACAAGUAUGAAUCGCAAAAGGCGUUUGAAAUCGCCCGCGUGCUGAAGAUAUCAACUGUAAAAAUGUCUGGGUCUGGAAGAUUCUGAGACUUGUCAUGCACGUGUUGCAUGAGCCAUGAUGUCUGUGAUGCAUGCCCUACCAUCACAGAUUUUUUGCGGGGUUCUUGAUGCCAAUUCCGCAUGACAAAUGCCCUCUCUGUGUAGCAAAAAUUGCCUUCCCUCUGCUGCUCAUGCAAUACAGAUUUUUUUCGAUUCCAAAUGCAGCAUCACAAGUUUCAUUCUUCCAGACCCAGACAUUUUUACAUUUGAUAGAAGACGGAGAGGAACAGCAAACCGGAGGUGUUCGACUGCAAGACGGUGGCCAGCGAAGAGGCCGCGUUGGACUUCUGGAAGGAACUGGGCGGUGAACAAUCCCUCUCAGAAGCAGACGUGCCGGCGGCGGACGCGGGCGGUAGCGACGAGCUGCACGAGCAGGUGUCUGCGGAAAAAAUAAAACUGUACGAAAUGGUUUUAUCAACUGCCGGAGAUGACAAGGACCACUACGAGCUGAAGCCCGUCGAGAACGCGAAAGUUCCGUUCAAGAGCAAGGACGAAUUUCUGAAGGACGACGGCGUGUUCGUGCUGGACAGCGGCGCACCACAGCCCGGGCUCUUCGUCUGGUUGGGCAAGAAGGCGGACGCGGGGUUGCGGAAAAAAGCGGUAAAAACGGCCACGGACUGGUUGGGAAAGCAGGGGCUGCCGGAAUACACCGGGAUCGCGAGGGUAAGUACUGAAUACAGGAGAUAUAGUGCUUGUAGGUCCUUCAAUCGUGAAGUGAAGACGUUCUUCGGAUUUUCGAGCAUCGUACGCGUUCCAAUAAUUUUGAGACCGAGAAUAAUCUUCAUGUUAUGAUAUCCACCCUCUUUCCACAGAUGGACGCUGGCACGGAGCCGGCGCUUUUCAAAACGUAUUUCGCGCAAUUCGAUCCGGUGAAACUGCCAUCCACGCUGGACGUGCAGCGGUCAACUAGCAUUGCGGAGACCAGGGAAAGUGAGGUAUUGGAUUCGAAAGCGGGUUUGAUGUUGCCGGAAAUUUAGUGUUUUUAGAGCGAAGAAUUUUCUUCAACACACGAAAUGAAAUCGCAUGCUGAGUGGCGUUCCAAAAAAAAUUCUUCAGGUUUCUAUCGCGAACAUGCACGACAAUAACAAGUUGAAGCCCGGCGCCAACACCCGGCGAAAGUCUUUGCCCGCUGUCGCACGCGCAAAGGAGAGCGAAUCCCUGAAGAUAUGGCGCAUCGAGCAGUUUGAGGCGAAGGAAAUUCCGGAGGAUAGCUACGGCGAGUUUUACGCGGGUGAUUCCUACAUCAUCGAGUACGUCUACCGCACGAGCCCGGGCGGUAAGAUCGAGGAGGCCCUGCUUUACUUCUGGCAGGGCGAGGACUCCACCGCGGACGAAAAGGGAGCGAGCGCGAUUCUGUGCGCAAAGUUCGACACGGAAAGGUUCGGCGGGCAGGCGACGCAAAUCCGCGUCGUCCAGGGGAAAGAACCGAGCAAUUUCCUGCGACUGUUCGCCGGAAAAAUGAUUCUGCACAAGGGCGGGUGUGACAGCGGUAUAGAAAGAUGGUGACGAUCAUAGGGGUCGUUGAGGCUACAUAUUUUUUUUUCUCGUCUGCAGCAACCAGAGCUGAGGAUGUUUUUUUUGUCAAAAAGCGCAUGCUGAGAUGAUGAUUGUUGUUCGUUGUCCUCAGGCAAUAAAAUGCCUAUAAUCGGGUUCUGUUCUUCCACAAAAAUGCCCGCGCGACACAUUUCAAUGUCGCUAUCACCAGGAUUCCGCUCCACCCGCGCUUCUGCUGAGGAAACCACCAGCGGGGAUAGCAAUUCAGAUUGUGCUAAAAAAAGUGUCUCUUUCUCCUGGCCACCUCCUCAGGCCAGGACAUUUUCGCGUCCCAAACACCACACUGCUCUCUUACCUGGCCCAAAAAUUUGCCAGGCCAGGUAAGAGAGUGCCGUGGUGUUUUGGCCAACUUUUUUUGGGCCGACGGGGCCCUUUUUCCUUCCAAGCGCCACGCUAUGCUCUUACCUGGCGCCAAAACUUGGCAGGCCAGGUAAGAGGGUGCCAUGGUGUUUGGGCCAACUUUUUUUGGGCCGAUGCGGUCUGUUUUCCUUCCAAUCGCAAUGCUAUGCUCUUACCGGGCCUCAAAGUCUGGAGGCCCAGGUAAGAGCACAGCGCGGCCUUGUGCUUCAAGGGUGUCUCUUUCAUCUGGCCACCUCCGCUCUUCAGGCCAGGACAUUUUCGCAUCCCAAACACCACGCUGCUCUCUUACCUGGCCCCAAAACUUGGAAGGCCAGGUAAGAGAGUGCCGUGGUGUUUGGGCCAACUUUUGUUGGGCCGACGCGGCCUUUUUUCCUUCCAAGCGCCAUGAUAGGAUCUUACGUGGCCUCAAAGUUUGGAGGCCCAGGUAAGAGCACAGCAUGGCGCUUGUGCUUCAAGAGUGUCUUUUUCCUCUGGCCACCUCCUCAGGCCAGGACGUUUUCGCAUCCCAAGCACCACGCUGCUCUCUUACCUGGCCCCAAAACCCGGCAACCCAGGUAAGAGAGUGCCGUGGUGUUUGGACGAAUUUUUUUUGGGCCGAUGCGGUCUUUUUUCCAAGCGCCACGCUAUGCUCUUGCCGGGCCUCAAAGCCUAGAGGCCCCGGUAAGAGCACAGCGUGCUGCUUGUGCUUCAAGAUCAUCCUCCUUAUCUGGCCACCUUCCCGGGCCAAGACGUUUUCGCAUCACAAGCACCGCGCUGCUCUCUUACCUGGCCCCAAAACCUGACAGCCCAGGUAAGAGAGUGCCGUGGUGUUUGGGCCAACUUUCGCGGGCCGGAGCAAUCUUUUUUCCAGGCGCCGCGCUAUGCUCGUAGCUUGGUGGCCAAUCUAUUUUUGAUCUAUUCCGCCCAAAUAUCUAGUCGAAGAAAUUCACUACCAACAUUUCAAUGUCGCUAUCACCAGGAUUCCGCUCCACCCGCGCUUCUGCUGAGGAGACGAGCGGGGAUAGCAAGUCCGAUUUGAAGCUGUACCAUAUCCGCGGCCUGACGCCCUCCGAGUGCAAAGCGCUGGAGAUCACGGUGGACGCAAAGUUGCUGAACUCUAACGACGUCCUGGCACUCGUCAGUGCCACAAAAUCUUCGUACCUGUGGGUCGGCAAGGGAGCCAGUGCGGAAGAGCAGGAACUGGGCAAGGAGCUGUGCACGAAAUUGCUGGCGAAUAAAACAGCCUCUACAACUUCUUCGAGCACAACAACGCCGUUAUUUGAGACCAUCACCGAGGGGAGUGAGCCCGACAGUUUCUGGGAGCUCUUUCCCAACGGAAAAGAACCCUACGCCGACAACCCCGUGUUAUUCGAGGCGGAAUUUGAGCCGCGCCUGUUCCAGGUCUCCAACGCGUCCGGAGCUUUGCGGGUGGAGGAGGUGUACCAAUUCACGCAAACCGACCUGAUCGACGAGGACGUGAUGCUGUUGGAUACGUACAACUCCGUGUUCGUCUGGGUCGGCGACUUGUCGCACCCCGAAGAAUAUCCUGUGCAAAAGUAUCGCGCUCGUGCAAAGUUUUGCUGGAAUUGUACUUCUGCCUUAAAAAUCUGCAAGACGAUUACUUCUGCCUUAAAAAUCUGCAGGAGGUAGCGCGAUUAUACUUUUGCGGUGCAUAGAGAACAAAAAGAGGCCCCGAAGAUCGCGGAGUCCUACGUAAAAUCCGCACCGGACGGCAGAAGUGUCGAGGAGACCCCGAUUGUCGUCGUAAAGCAGGGGAACGAACCCCUACUCUUCACCUGCCACUUCGUUGGCUGGGACUCUUAUCCGCUGGAAUAGUUUAUUGCUCAGACAGAGUAGGUGGAGUUUGUAGUUGCGCUCGACACGAGCAAGACUGAUUUUUUGUGCGUGUGCUGCUCCUUUCGUCGGCAAUAUAAAAGUGGAGAGGAACAUAUGCAUACUCACGAAAAAUAAAUAUCGUCGACGUGGCAAAAAGGAUAUAUUUAUUAGUUUUCGUACAGACACCUGCUGUAGUGUUCUCGUUGUACUAAAGUCGAACCAUCGAUCGAGUCCUGUUUUUUAGCUAAAGAACCACUUACUUCUGCGCACUAAACCUGGUUCCAGCCCGAUAACCCAUCCAAGAAGAAAGGCUUUUCUGACGUUUACGAAGAGGCGCUGAAGCGGCGGAAUUCCCAGCUACAGCAGCAAAAGGACGAGGAGGAAAAGGCGCUGCAGGAGGAUAUAACCCGCUCAGGUGUUACAAUCUCAAGCGUUACAAUAGAAUCUGGAAUUUGUGUUGCAAGAAGUGCAUGAUCUACCCUACUCCCACAGGACUGCGCAUGACAAGCUCUGGAGUCCCAAUCCGCACUACAAUCUGGCGAGAUUUGUAUUGCAAAAAGUGGAACGCUGUCCGAGUCUGUCAUGUUGAUCACGCAAGACAAAUCUCAGACUCUAUUGUAACGCUUGAGAUUGUAACGUUUGAGCAGGUCAUAGAGGAGGCCGAGAAGCGCGCGGAGAAGGUGAGAUUGAUGGAGCAGCAGCGGGAAGAAGAAGCAAAGCAAAAGCGAGAGUCGAAGAACAAGGACGACAGCGCCACAACCGCAGCGCCCUGGGUAAAAAAGGAGCAAAAUCCGAGUGCCGGAGAUAGUACGGCGGAGCGGAAUAGCACCAAAGAAUCCAACCCACAGGACGCAAACAAGACGCUGGCAAAGUCGCCAACAGACGGAGGCAAGAAAACUACCAGUGGGUAUGGCGGAAAGAAAGAACAGAACCACUACUUCUGUCGGCAGAUCUUUUUCCCCUCGUUCGUUUAGCAAGCAUGGUCAACAUGCAGAUUGGCAUGGUGCGAUGACUAAGUAACAAGCAUGCCAAGAAUUUACUACUCUGCAUUGCAAGUUAUAGCCGUCUUCAAGCGUGAGACAUCAGAGAGCAUGUGGAUGAGAUUUGUGCUGGGAUGUGAGCGCUGUCUUUUCCCGCCAUAUUGAAACACCGGAGAGUCCGGUGACUCGGAGAACCAGUGUAAAAGGUACUGAUCUACUCGUUCUCAACGUUUUCUCGUUUUAGAGAGCUUUCUCGUGGUAUCUAUCCGGAGACUCAGACGCGAUCUAUGAAGUACUUUUUGUUUCGUACUAUCGUUAAAACCAGGCCGCGUAAUAGCACUUCUGUGCCAAAAACAGGAACGCGGCGUAGAAGUUCUAUUACGCGGUGCUGCGUAGGAGGUGGAGGCGGUAGUUGUACUACUGAUUCCCCCGCCGCCCAAGAAAGUGACCAGAAAAAGAACAACCUUGUAUCCACCAGCAAAGACUCCUCCACAACAGCCAGCAGCUUUGCCGAACAGCAAGGCGGGGCAGGCGCUUCCGAUAAGAAACCCAAACUCGAAAAAGGUGCCAACGGUCGGUGGAGCACGGUGGACACGGGCGGUUACAUCGGCUUUGCCAACGUGUCGCGUUCGAGCCGGGUUUCGUCAACGAUGGUUGGCGAGGGGGAUUUGAAAAACGAAAACGACAAGCUGGAGGGGAAAAAGGACGCGGUGGAGGAGUCAUACGCCUGUCCACGGAAAACGAAGUAUUCCCUGACGGAGCUGCAGCACGGCAAGCGCCCAAGCGACGUGGACCCGACGAAAAAGGAGCACUACUUGCCUGACGAAGAGUUUCACUCGGUCUUCAGCCUGAGUCUGGACGACUGGGAAAAACUACCGGUGUGGAAGCGGACGCAGAAGAAGAAGGAAAAGGGAUUGUUUUAAUAAGGUGGAAAGGAAUGUAGAUGUACGAAUACCUAAAAAAGAAAAAAUUUUUGCUUUUAGUACAACCACCUCCCGCGGAUGAGCAGUAGCGUAAAUAUAGUACGCUUUCGCUGCAGAUCGGGCGUCGUCUUCGUCAUUUAGAUAGCAAAGGGGUGUCCAUCGAAUGGUCUAAAGUGAUCGAGAAAAUACCUCUGAUGUUGUAUCACUAGCUUUUAUGAGUUUCUCCCUGCAGAAUGGCGGUGGGACCAGGAAGCAGAAUGGUAAUGCAGAGCAGGUGAGUUUAGAUGAGACAACGUUCCGCUCGUCCGGAAUGAAAGAGGUUCCAGACGUGAAUGCAGGAACAGAUGGUAAGAAUUCUUGAAGUAGUUCAAAACAGCAAAAGCUCUAACGUUUUUCUAGCCACAUCCGCAUCGCAUGCCUACUAAUGGAACCAAAUACAACAUGACUUUACCGCGGACUUUUAUGCAACGUAUAUUUUAGUUUUUCUUUGCCACAACCUUAAGUUUCUUGUAACUGCCUGAUGAGACACAUGCUUUGUCGAAUAUAAGCUGCGAAUGCAGCACGAUUAACAGAUCUCGGGUCCUCGACUUCGAAAAAAUUUUAAUUGACAAAAUGAAAUUUUUCAAGCUUGCGAAAAAAAUCAUGGGUAUUUUUUUAUCAAUUUGAUGCGAUUGUCCUUGGCGUUGUUGUGCUUAUACUGCUUCAUGCAAAGCGCCUGCUUAUGCAGGCUUCGCCAACAAAUUAGAGCUUUUGCUAUUGCUUGCACUACCUG